UUUUGUUGGAAAUUGACAAAAAUGGGGAAUAUAUGUUCCAAAUUCUCUCGAAUACGGAUCUCGCAUGGAAGAUGCAGUCAGGAGAAAAGCGUUUCAAGACGAUUAGCAGGAAUCCCUUGAGUCGCGAGCAAGAAACAUGUCAACAAUGCUUCGAAACAAUAAGUAUCAGAAUGUUUUGCGAAGAUCAAGGAGCGGAAUUCGAGUCAGUUUUCAUUAAAAAUGAAACUCCGUUGGAUAUUAAAGAAGAAAAAGUCGAAGAACAAAAGCCUGUAUCUCAAAAAGUGUCUCAGAAAAAUGUUAUUGUUUUGAAACCGAGUCCCUUUGAAGGUUUUUCGAAGAUUGUUUCGAUUAAAAAACCAGAAAAAAGAUUUCUUCCAAUUCAAAAUGUUGUUGUUAAACGAAUUAUCAAACCAAAUGAAACAACUUUAAAGGAAAUAUCCUUGAAAAAUCUGAAAAUUGUUAAAAUAGUACAAAAUACUCAGAAAACUGUUGUUUCUCCCGAAGUUAAAAUACCCGACUCGUCAGUAAAUGCCUUAAAAUCACAAAAAGAAAGAGUUUCUGAGAAAAAUUUUACUGUAGAGAAGGAAAAAGAUGUUCAAAUUUUAUCUCCCAUAAAAGAAAUUAUCGACUUGGAAGCUGAAGAAGAAGUAACAACAGAAAAAAUUAUUGAAAAAACAUCAUCUUUGCCCUCAAAAGUCACACGAAAAGUCAUUGAAAAAGCAAAAACUCAACAAAUUUUUAUUCCUGAUGGUGUUGAAUUGCCAGAUUUAUCGAAAUUUGUUCCUCCCUUUAGUUUCUCUGUAAAUCAAUCAGAUGGAAGUACAUCAUAUGUGUCACAAGAACUCCAAAAUGGCACUCUUUGGAUCACAAAUUUCGACUUGAAUGCAUUAAAAUGUGAAAUUUGUGACGAAAUAUUCUCUUCUAUUGGCGGAUUAUGCGUUCAUCGACGCGAUAAACAUUUUUUUCAACCCAACUCCAUCGAAUGUGCUGCUUGUCAAGAAAUUCGCCAAUCAAAUCUGGAAAAACUUCGACAUACUUUGUAUUGUAGAAAACGAGAGGAAAUUAAAGCUGGUUAUUGUUACAUUUGUUCGAAGCAAUUUGACGGUCAAUUAAAGCUUAGUCGCCAUCUGAAAGAAAAUCACAAAAAAGUUCUUGAAUUUCUUCCAAACGCUGAAUUGCUAACGAAAUGUUACAUGUGCAGAAAAAUGAUCAGAACGAGAUACCAAAACGAGCACUUGAAACAUCAUCGUAACGAAAUGAAGGCAGCCCAACAAAAAAUCAUAGAAAAAGAGAAAUAUCAAGCGAAUUUGUCGGAUAUCGCAAAAUUUCAAGUUGUGCCGGAAGGAGUUGAAUUACCAUCGACGACUUUAUUGCGAGAGACACGAUAUUCGAUGAAGCAUCCGCAACCAGAUGGAACAAUUGCCUAUUUAGAAAGUCAGGGCGACAAUCUUUGGAUAACGAAUUUCGACUUGACAAAUCGUCAAUGCGACUUGUGUGAAAAAAAAUUUCCAUCAAUUACGUCUUUGGUAUGCCAUCGUCGUGAUUUUCACUUUUUCCCUGCUGAUUCAACUGAAUGCACUGCCUGCUCCGAACGUUUCUUCGGGGCUUUUACACUAAGUCAUUCGCUGUACUGUCGAAAACGGAAAGAAAUUCGUGUUGGAUUUUGUUACCUUUGUAAGCAACAAUUCCAAAAUUAUGCCUCGCUUGAAAAACAUUUGGAGGAAAAAGUCAAAAUUCAAAAGGAACAAAAAGAGAUUUAUGUCGAUUGUGAAAUUUGUGAAAAGAAAGUUUGUAAAAAGCAACUAAAGCAACAUAUGGCGAUUCACGAACGACCGAACAUUUUCGAAUGUGCUCAUUGUGAUAGGAAAUACACGCGAAAAACGAUGAUGUUGCAGCAUUUGGGACAUCAUCAUUUUCCGUCGUUGUGUAAAUAUUCGUGCGAGAAAUGCGAAAAGCCAAAAUUUUUCAUGAAAAGUAACGAUUGGCGACGACACAUGGACUCGCAUGAAGGCAAGAAAUUCGUUUGUAAUCAUUGUGAUAAGACAUUUACGAAAAAUGGAUUGAUACAUCAUCGACAACACGUGAAAAAUGUCGAAUUGAAAAAACUUAAAGGAGACAAAGGGCAAGAGCCUCAAGCAACAUGCAACAUUUGUGGAAAAGUCUUUAAAAGUGCGUAUUGUUUGCGUUCGCACAUGAGAUCGCAUUUACCGAAAUCAGAGAGAAAGCACAAAUGUCAGUAUUGUGAAAAACGAUUUAAUAGUGUUUCCCAAAAAAUCGAACAUGAAAGAGAUCAUACAGGAGAGAAACCUUAUGUUUGCACAUUCUGUGAAAAAGCUUUUGCGAAGAGACAAACAUAUACAGAUCACGUGAGAGUUCAUACAGGACAAGGAUAUAAAUGUGAACAUUGUGACAGAAUACUAAAUGAUCACAGUAGUUUUCGUAAACAUUUGAAAAUACACGAAGCAAAGCUGGGUAUUAAACUAACGUAUUCGAGAGAAGAAAGACGUUUAAAAUCGAUUGGAUUGUUAGAAAAAAUGCAAGGAACUACAUAUUUAUAAGCUUUUUUGUUGAAU